AAGCCGGCCCUAUUUCCUAAUAUUCUUCAUCACCUAUACAUUCAUAUAGAAGAUGGGUGUUUUCCAUCACCGUCUGUGGUUCACUGGCGUUGCCGUCGUGAUUUUAAUAUUGCAGGGCUCGAAUCGGAUCGUCAGCUCGGAUCGAGGUUCAGCUCUGUUUGUGUUUGGGGACUCAUUAGUAGAUGUUGGCAACAACAAUUUCCUCAGCUCAAUUGCAAAAGCCAACUACUUUCCUUAUGGCAUUGACUUUAAUAUGGGUCCUACUGGUAGAUUUUCUAAUGGAAAAACCUUCGUUGAUAUAAUUGGAGACAUGAUGGGUGCACCUUAUCCCCUUCCCUUUUCUGAUUCCAACACCGUCGGAGACAGACUACUCGCUGGAGUGAACUAUGCUUCAGCAUCAGCCGGGAUCCUUGACGAGUCCGGCCAAAACUAUGGAGAAAGGUAUAGCUUGAGCCAGCAAGUGCUGAAUUUCGAGAGCACUUUGGAACAACUACGAACAGUGCUGGAUGGGAGAAAUUUGACAGAUUUUCUAGCCAAAUCCAUUGCAAUUUUGGUGUUUGGAAGCAAUGACUACAUCAACAACUAUCUCAUGCCUUCCAUGUACUCUUCUAGUUAUGUUUACAGUCCCCCGGAAUUCGCCAACCUUCUUCUCAAUCAUUAUGCUCGUCAACUUCUGGCACUUUAUAAUGUUGGACUCAGGAAAUUCUUCAUAGCCGGGAUCGGACCUCUCGGCUGCAUACCUAACCAGAGAGCCUCUGGUCAGGCGCCAGAGGGGAGAUGCGUAGACUCCGUUAAUCAGAUUAUUGGCACCUUCAAUGAAGGGCUCAGAUCAAUAGUGGACCAGCUGAACAAGCGUCCUGGUGCAGUCUCUGUCUAUGGCAAUACUUAUAGUGCUGUGGGUGACAUCCUAAAUAAUCCCGAUAAUUAUGGGUUUACUGUGCUGGACAGAGGGUGCUGUGGAAUAGGGAGGAAUUUAGGGCAGAUUACAUGUCUGCCAUUUGCAUACCCAUGUGCAAACAGAAGCCAGUAUGUGUUUUGGGAUGCAUUCCAUCCAACCGAGGCGGUGAAUACCAUUCUUGCUGGCAGGGCUUUCUAUGGCCCUCCCUCUGAUUCUUACCCGAUCAACAUCCAGCAGAUGACUCUCUUCAAUAGCUCGUGAUUUUAAGAAGACAGAGCAAUGCUUGGGAUCCAUAUGUUAGUGUGUGCUGAAAAUCUUUUCUAUUAAUUUUUCCUUGAAUAAAAGAUAAAAGAAUUC